UAUUCUCACUUUGAUAAAACAUAAUUAAACAGCAUCCGUUUAUCUCCUCCUGAGGAAGUGCGAGGGAACAGUAACAGGAAAUACUGAAACGCUUCUCCGCUUUCUCUGUCAUUAUGUAACGUUAGAGUCGUUAUGUUUAGGUAAAAAUAAUCACACACCCGCUCUCUUUUUAGCGCAUAUACCAGUCAGCAAAACGCUCGCUUCUUGCUGGAGCUCAAAUGAAAGUGAGAGUCAUGUGUGAAAGAUGAUCCAGGGCUGGUGACUGAAGCAGACAGAGAAGAAGAAGAAGAAGGACGUGAUGGCGUUUGUGUUCCUGCCAGCAUUGGCUCGUAUGGCCGUGUGUGGCGGCACCCAUGGGAACGAGCUGUCCGGUGUGUAUGUUGUGCAGGAGAUGGAGCGACAGCGGAAAGAGAAGGGAGAGGGUGUGUGGCCGAUUCCUGUAACAACUGUGCUGUCAAACCCAAGGGCUGUGAAAGAGUGCAGAAGAUACAUUGACACGGAUAUGAACCGCUGCUUCACCAGAGACACGCUGAGUUGUCCUAUUACAGACAGCAGCCCGUAUGAAGUCCGGCGUGCUCAGGAACUGAACAAUCUGCUGGGGCUGAAAGGAUCCACCGAUGCAACAGACAUGAUCUGUGACCUUCAUAACACCACGUCCAACAUGGGCCUCACACUCAUCCAUUACACGACCAGUGACUGGGUGACCCUGCACAUCUGCAAAUACCUACAGACUAAGAUAACCAAUGUGCCUGUGAGAGUGCUGGUACUGGAUUUCCCUAUUUGUGACGCAUAUAACUUGGAGUCGGUAUCCAAGCAUGGCUUUACUUUAGAGGUCGGGCCGCAGCCGCAUGGUGUCAUCAGAGCUGACAUCUAUAAGAUUAUGAAAGAGGCCGUCGACCUGACAAUAGACUGGAUCCACAAAUUCAACUCAGGAACGGUGUUUGAAGGCGGGGAUGUAGAAGUCUUUAAGUUUAUCAAAAGUGUUGAUUAUCCCAGAGAUCCAGAGACUCGGAGUCUCACUGCUGCCAUUCAUCCUCAGCUGCAGGACAGAGACUUCUGUCUCCUCAAGCAGGGAGACCCUUUGUUUUUUACAUUUUCUGGAGAAACCGUGAAGUAUGAAGAAGAAGAGACGCUUCAUCCUUUCUUUAUCAAUGAGGCUGCCUAUUAUGAAAAAGGAAUUGCUUUUCACUUGGCUAAGAAGUUGACACUGACAAUUCCAACAGUGCAAGUGCAGAAAGACUGAAGGAUUGGAGAGGAACGGAUAUAAAACUCUGCAUAAUUGCCAAAAAAUCUUA